AUGUCAGACGACAUGGAAGAGGUUUUGGAGAGGCAAGAGCGAGAAAGGCGAGCAAGAAUGAGUAGAAGAACUGCAAGCAAAAAGGCGCAGAGAGAUCUAGAUGAGCAACUUGGUGUGGCCGUUGCUAUGCUGGAGGAAGAAAACCAGAGCCACAGUGGUUCACGAGAAGGCCGGGCACCGAAUGUGGACAGACAUAGACAUUCUCGCAGUGCUUGA